AAAAGGGGAGAGAAUUAGAGUUGAAGUUACUAACUGCUGAUUUCGUCCCUGUACACGUCCAGACGCAAGUAUCAAUCUCAAAAUGGCCUCAAUCAAGUUGAUUGUCUGCAUCGCCAUGGUGGCUGUUGCUAGCGGUAUGUACGUGAACAGUGGUAGCACUGGCUACAACAGUGGAAGUGGCUACAACAGCGGUAGCAGCAGCUACGACAGCGGAAAGGGCUACAACAGCGGUAGCAACAGCUACGACAGCGGAAGCAAUAGCUACGACAGCGGAAAGAGCUACAACAGCGGAAGCGGAUACAACAGCGGCAGUGAAUACAACAGCAGAAGUAACUACAACAACAACGGCUACAACAACAACAACAACGGAUACAACAACAACAACGGAUACAACAGCAAUAGCUACAGCAACGGUUACAACAACGGUCCAGUCGGAAACAGCAAUCAGUACAGAGAUGGUCUUUACUACAACGGUGGUAACAACUACGGCUCAAACUACGGCUCAUCCAACUAUGGCUCAUCCAGCUAUUCUGCCCCAUCCAACUACGGCUCAUCCAACUAUGGCUCAUCUAGCUACUCUGCCCCAUCCAACUACGGCUCAUCCAACUAUGGCUCAUCUAGCUACUCUGCCCCAUCCAACUAUGGCUCAUCUAGCUACUCUGCCCCAUCCAAUUAUGAUUCAUCCAACUAUGGCUCAUCUAGCUACUCUGCCCCAUCCAACUACGGCUCAUCUAGCUACUCUGCCCCAUCCAACUACGGCUCAUCUAGCUACUCUGCCCCAUCCAACUACGGCUCAUCUAGCUACUCUGCCCCAUCCAACUAUGCUGCCCCAUCCAACUACGGCUCAUCUAGCUACUCUGCCCCAUCCAACUAUGAUUCAUCCAACUAUGGCUCAUCUAGCUACUCUGCCCCAUCCAACUACGGCUCAUCUAGCUACUCUGCCCCAUCCAACUAUGGCUCAUCUAGCUACUCUGCCCCAUCCAACUAUGGCUCAUCUAGCUACUCUGCCCCAUCCAACUAUGGCUCAUCUAGCUACUCUGCCCCAUCCAACUACGGCUCAUCCAGCUACGAUUCUUCCAACUCUGCCUCCUACGGCAAAGGCUCCAACAGCUACAAUGCCAACAAUAACUACGCUUCAGGAUCAUCCUAUUAAGUGUAACAUAGACGAUGGCGGCGACUGUUUCGCUUUAUCGGCGACGACGAUGUUUGCAAUGCUAGUCAAAUAUUUUCUUUUAUUUAUGAAAUAAAGGGGUUUUUUUGCUCGCCAC